CGACGACGUCAAAGCCCCAACUCAAGUCACAGAGCCAACCUCAUCUUCCCAGAGCCGACCCUCACUCUACACUCGCACGCGAACACUCCUCUCCAAAGCAUCUUCAGCCAUCUCAUUAUCUCCUGUAGAUGACCCCAGCACCAACAAGACCACGGAAGCGAGCUCUUCAUCGGUGCGCAAGCUUGUCGAACUGGCCAGACCAGAGAGUAAGCAGCUGUCGAUCGCUGUUGGGCUCCUUCUCGUCUCAAGUGCUGUUAGCAUGUCCGUUCCAUUUACAGUCGGCAAGCUGAUCGACUUUUUCUCCGGCAACUCGUCAGCAUUCCUUGGCCUCUCGUUCCCAUUUGCGGCAGGUCUUUUGGCCGUUCUAUUCACUAUAGGGGCGACGUGUAAUGCUGGUCGCGCCAUCAUCAUGCGGCUUUGCGGACUGAGAAUCGUCGCUCGAGUCAGAAAUCAAGCGUAUUGGGCAACGUUACGCCAGGAGCCUGACUUCGCUGACCGAUCUGCCGGAGACAUCGUCAGUCGAUUGAGCGUCGAUACGAGCAUGAUGGGUGACUCGGUUACCUCGAAUCUUUCCGAUGGUCUGAGGGCGUUGGUAUCAGCCACUGUUGGGGUCAGCAUGAUGUUCUGGAUCUCAGCCAAACUCACCUUUGUUAUGUUAUGUGUGGUGCCGCCAGUAUCUCUUUUUGCCGUGUUUUACGGCAGAUAUGUAAGAAAAUUGACAAACUUCACGCAAGAAGCGGUGGGAGACAUGUCAAGGACUGCUGAGGAGAAACUGAACGCCUUCAAAACGGUCGCUGCAUAUAACACACAAGCCGUGGAAGCCAAGCUAUUCGCCAACAAGGUCGACGCGAUCUUCAACCUUGCUCGGAAGGAAGCAUAUAUGACUGGCGUGUUUUGGGGAAUGAGCGGGUUCACGGGCAAUCUUGCGCUACUGUGUCUUUUGGGCUACGGGGGCACAUUGGUAUCUCGCGGAGAAAUUACUGUGGGAGAUUUGACAUCUCUGUUGAUGUACAGCGCGUACGUGGGAGGCUCCGUUUCUGGCCUGACAGGCUUCUUCACGGGAUUGAUGAGAGGUGUCGGUGCAAGUUCACGAGUGUUCUGGCUCUUGGACCGAACUUCUGCCAUCCCGCUGGACAAGGGUGUAUCGCUUGCCCCGACGCGAAACGGUCGGAUUCGCUUCGAGAAUGUCCGAUUCACGUAUCCCAGCCGGAAAGAGGUGGAAGUUUUGAAGGGCGUCGACCUGUCCAUCGAACCGGGCACUAGUGUGGCGCUGGUCGGCUCCAGUGGUAGCGGUAAAUCCUCCAUCCAGCAACUCUUGUGCCGAUUCUACGACCCCAAUGAAGGGCGAAUCACCUUUGACGGGACUGGUGAGGCCGGUUGGCGAUGGCUGCUUACCAUGUCAGACAUCCGGGAUCUGACUCCUGAGUCAUGGCGAGAUCGACUAGGAGUGGUUUUCCAGGAUCCCAUCCUGUUCGCAGGGACUGUGCAUGACAACAUAGCGUACGGAACGCCAGGAGCCAGCCGAAGGGACGUUGAGCGAGCUGCUCGGGCCGCAAAUUGUGACUUUAUCUGGGAUCUGCCGCAGGGCUUCGAUACCCAAAUCGGCAAGUCGAGUCUCUCAGGAGGGCAACGACAACGAAUCAGCAUCGCUAGGGCACUCGUCCGUCAACCUUCGAUACUGAUCCUAGACGAAGCCACAUCCGCUCUUGACUCAACCUCCGAAAAGGCUGUCAACAAGGCUGUCGAGUCCAUCAUUAAGGAGCAAAACAUCACUGUCAUCAUGGCUGCUCAUCGAUUAUCUACAGUUGCGAGUGCAGAGAAGGUCAUCGUCUUGGAGAAUGGCGUAGUAUCAGAGCAAGGACCUUACGAUAUUUUGGUGGGCAGUUCCAGAAACGCAGACGCUGAUCCCCACAAGUCGCGAUCGCAAAACAGUCGCUUCAGAUCGCUCAUGGAAGCGCAACUUGCCCUCGAGAAGAGCACCGUAAAUCUUACAGCAUAGACAAGUAUUUGGAGACCAUAUCCCAAUCUGCACUGGGACCAACCUCAAUUGCAUCAAAUACAUACAAGUCUUUUCACGAGCCUGGCCACACACUCGAUGCCGAGCCUAGCUGAUGGUCCUUUGCAGGCAUCCAUAUUCUUCAGACACUUUUUCUCCUUUUUGUUUCAUCCCUUUCCGAUACCACGCAACCUUUGGUCUCUCUGAUACACGUAUCAUAAACUGACUGGACAGUAUGAGCAAGAUGGGCACGAAUGAGCACACUUUGAUGCGCCGAUUCUGAUGGUUGCUAUCAUAUUCAUCACCAACAGCGCGUCGCCGCGAAAUACUGAUGAGUUUAUACCCUUACUUACUUCAUGAUCUAGCCCAAGGCUAGCAGGACGUCCUGGCGUUG